UAAUUUCGUUUGCUUUCCACAAUACACAUCUUUCAUUUGAUGGAAUUUAUCCUCUUCGAAAAGGAAGAAUUUUCUGUCUCUUCUACAUAUCACAUUUCAUUUGAAAAUUGAGAGACGAUAUCAAAGAAUUGUCAAAGGGGAAAUUUGCUUGUGUUUGUGGCAAAGAUGCAAUUUCGGUUAGAAAUUAAGAGGGACAAAACAACAGUGGUGAACACUUUUUUCUGGGACUGUAAUUAAGAAGGUACACAACACAUUACACAACAAAAGUGGAGUUAAUGGGGGAAGAAAAGAACUAGGAAGAAGAAGAAGAAUAAUAACAAGAAACAUUUAAAGCUUAGCCGUUGUUUCUAGUCUAUCUGUGAACAUUGGGAUUCUGAGUCCCAAUUUCACAUUCAUAUAAACCACUCAGUUCAAAAGGUUCAAUGGUUUUUGCUUUGCCUUUUGAGAUAGCUUCAGUGCUACAUAAAGUUCAGAUCUUUCACCGUACUUUGACUUCUUUACAGCUGAACUUGUGGGUUAUACAUGAUCAAUUAAUAUGCGAGAUACUGAGAAAAAGUUAAAUAAGAGAGGAUUUAGAAAAUCCAGUCACUCAAGGGAACAUACUGAUUCAAAGCUUGAUUUGUCACCGAGAUUCGAAACAAGUAGUAACAAAGGCCAAGGGAAGAAGCAGAAAUUGAAAUCGAAACCUCACAAACUCGUUGUUUGCAGAGCCACAUCAAGGGGCACAGCAACUGAUUCUUCUUCCAUCAAGGGGUCAAUCAAAGAUGCUUCAAGUGAAAAAUUGAUUGUUGGACAAAAUAUGCAUUACAAUGAUGGGAAAUCUUUGCAGAUGCUCUCUUCGACAAAGCAACCGGGGGAGAAAAUUUCUUUUGGUCCUAUUGUCGACAGGAACGAUGCUGAUGGGGAAGUGAAUAUUCAAAAAGUUAAGAGAAGGAGAAGGAGGAAAAGGCGAAGGGAUAAUGUGGAUCUUGAUGAUGCUUUGCGCCUGCAGAGGAGAACAAGGUAUCUGUUAAUCAAAAUGAAGGUAGAGCAGAAUCUUAUAGAUGCAUACUCUGGAGAAGGCUGGAAAGGUCAAAGUCGAGAAAAGAUUAGACCGGAGAAGGAACUACAAAGAGCAAAGAAGCAGAUUUUAAAAUGUAAACUUGGUAUUCGCGAUGUCAUUUGCCAGUUGGAUGCUCUUAGUUCUGUGGGCAGGAUUGAAGAUUCCGUCAUUGCUCCAGAUGGAUCUGUUUAUCAUGAACAUAUAUUCUGUGCAAAAUGCAAGUUGCCUGAAGCAUUCCCCGAUAAUGACAUUAUACUCUGCGACGGCACAUGCAAUCGUGCUUUUCACCAAAGAUGUCUCGACCCACCGUUGGACACUGAAAAUAUUCCUCCUGGAGACCAAUGCUGGUUUUGCAAGUUUUGUGAAUGUAAGAUGGAAAUACUCGAGGCAACGAAUGCUCAUCUUGGGACUGACUUCUCCUUGGACAGUACAUGGCAGGAUGUAUUCAAGGAAGAAGCUACUGUACCUGAUGAUUGUGCCGCUUUAUUAAAUCCGGAAGAAGAAUGGCCGUCAGAUGAUCCAGAAGAUGAUGAUUAUAACCCGGACAGGAGAGAAAACACUCACAACAUCAAUGCAGAAGGCACUGAUGAAAGUCCAUCUGAUUCAAGCAGCUCUAUCAGUCUUUCAUCCUUAAACGAUGAAUAUUCUCCUGUAGACAAAGCCAUGAGCCUUGAAUAUCUUUCUGUUAAUAGUUGCGUUGAUUCUGAUGGAUAUGGGGAAAUAGUAUGCAGCCGCAGGCAGCGUAAAGCAGUUGACUACAGGAAACUUUAUGAUGAAAUGUUUAAGGAUGCUCCUCCAUGUGAACAAGUGAGUGAAGAUGAAGACUGGGGUCCUGGCAAAAGAAAGCGGAGAGAAAAGGAAUCUGAUGCUGCUAAUACACUUAUGACGCUGCACGAAAGCGAUAAUAAAUUUCCGAAUAAUGAGAACAACGAUACAGUAAGAGAGGGCACACACACACAUAUAAAAAGAUCUUGCUUCAGAAUUCCACAUCAUGCAGUUGAGAAGCUUCGCCAAGUUUUCGCAGACAAUGAACUUCCUCCGAGAUCCGUGAAGGAACACAUUUCAAAAGAGUUGGGAAUCGAUGCUGCAAAGGUUAGCAAGUGGUUUAAAAAUGCUCGUUACUUAGCUCUUAAAACCAGGAAGCAUCAAGUCAAAGGAGGAGAGCUGCCUUUGAGUUUGUUGUGUAAGACCUCGAAGGGUUCCAGUUUACAAAAUGUGGACAAAGAUGAGAUUUUGCAGAAAUCAAAGGCCUCUAAAAUUGUGAUGGUUCAUUCACCGAAUAAUGGUAACGGUAUUACCGAUAGACAGAAAGUGAAGUCAUCUGGCAGUAUUUGGAAAAAAAGGCAACCGGAAAUAUCUCCUGCUAAGACAGCAGAAAAUGGCAACAAGGACUUGGAAGAAGGGAGUGAUGAUGUUGGCUUGAAGAAGCUGCUACAAGAAAAGAAAAGAAAGAUGGAAUUUGUGUUUGGAGGAGACUCUAAGGCAGCAGAGUUGGAAUUUGAAAGACUUAGCAAAUUGAAGGCUAAACUAGAUAGCAUGAAGGUUAAAUUAAUUGAAGUUCAAAACCACAGAGCAAAGGGUGCAAAGGAACCAUGUGUUAUAUAUGUGCCCACAGCUCAGUUAAGGGAAAAAGGUUGAAUAAUUAGUAGAUUAUUUAGUACCAUUUAUUUUAUUUUAUUUUUUUAACAGAAGGUUAUAUAAUAUAUACAAUGUUUUUUGUUGUAUAAUGAAAGUGAAGCAAACCUAAAAGGUGAGCCAGUAGGAGUAGUUUAGAUUCAAGCUUCAUUGUCAUAAUGUACCCCAAAGAAAAUGAAAGAAGUGAGGCAAACCUGUUGAAGUUGGAUUUGCUUAUACAUAUUGAUAA